GGCUGCCGAGCGGUGUGAGGUGCUGGCGGGCGACUGCCGGGGGGCGCUGCCGCGGUUCGCCGGGCUGGCUGACCGGGUGCUGCUGGGGCUGCUGCCCUCCUCGCGGGGGGGCUGGGAGGCGGCGGUGAGGGCGCUCAAGCCGGAUAGGGGCGGCUGGCUGCACCUGCACCACAACGUGACGGACCGCGAGGAGGCGGGGUGGCUGGCGGACACGAUGCGGGAGCUGCGGCGGCUGGCGGGGCAGGCGGGGCGGGCGUGGAGCGUGAGGCUGCACCACGUGGAGCGGGUCAAGUGGUACGCGCCGCACAUCCGACACAUUGUGAUGGACAUUGAGUGCCGCCCCCUGGGGGACGGCCAGCAGCAGCAGGAGGGGGAGGAGGAGGGCCGGGGGGCUACUACUGUCGCUACUGCAGAGGCCGCCGCCUCCACCACCUCCGCGUCCGCCCCUACCUCCGCCGCGGGUGCUGCUGCAGCCGCCCCUACCGGCACCUCCCUUGCCGCCCCCGCCAGCCGGCCUCCCUCCGUCCCCGCAGUGGCGGCCCCUGCUGCUGCGGAGGCAGGGGAUGCAGGUGCAGGUGCCGCCAGCAGCAGCAGCGGCAGCAGCAGCGGCAGCGGCAGUGGCAGUGGCGGGCGGGAGCAGCCCCCCUGGUACC